UCUGUCCGCUAACGUGCACGCUGUUUGACUCGAGCCUUAGCCUUGUAACUCAGCACGAAGCACGAGUGGCUCACCUGCAAACAGGUCCUCACCAACAUCAGCGAUGACAGCGCGUCACCUCCUCGUCGUCGUGCUCACGGUGGUCACGGCAGUUGCUGAGUACUCCCCGCCGUACCCGACUGUCGGUAAGGUAUAUAAACCAACCGAGUAUAAACCUACCUAUGCUCCAGACUACAAAAAGCCCGAGUACCCAAGUAAACCCGCUUAUCCUCCCGUGUAUGACGGUAACCAAGACUACAAGAAGCCUGAGUACCCAAGUAAACCGGCUUAUCCUCCAGUGUAUGACGGUAACCAAGACUACAAGAAGCCCGAGUACCCAGUGUAUGAAGAUAAACCUUAUGGAGAGAAAGCUACUGGGGGAGAUGUCAAGUCAGCGAUAGAUGCUGUCGGAGUUUUGAUAACCAAGAAGGACGAGCUGUAUACCAACUUGGACAUUUACGAGACUCUCAUUCAAGUUGCUCAAGAGCGUCUCAACCUCAUCAACCAGAGAGAACUCCCAGCAGUCAGACUGGACAUCUCUCAGACAGACGCUUCUAUUACUCUUUUAGACCAAGAGGUCAGCGCACUGAGGGACCGCGCAGCCCGUGCUGACGUCACAGCAACCGCAGCUCUUGCUUCCGCUAACGCCACCAGUGACGUCAUUAGGCAGCAGCGCGCCCUGGUGGUGCAGAUCUCAAAGAACAACACGGACGACGCCCGCCGCAUCGCUCAGUUCCAAGGCGACCUGAGGAACUUGGAGGCUUACUUCCUGAAAGAACUGGACACACAGAUCGGCCAGCUGACCUCUCUGUUGGCAAAGGAGCGACAGAACCUCAAGACCGUCACCGCCUUCGUGGACGGCCGCAAGUGUGAGUACGGCUACGUUGCAUUGACGGGUAAUACCGACACUGCGUCAGUGCAGUUUGUGACAAAGUUCAACCAGGCUCCAAGUGUUGACAUCGUCCUCUCAGGAUACUCUUCGUUCCUCAACGUCCCGUUUUCACCUCGCGAUAGUUAUCCACCCGGUAACAACUACCCACCUCAGUCCACCUAUGGUGAAUAUCCUAAGGGAGACGACUCAUCGUACAAGAACGAAGUGCAGAACGUCCAGGUGGUCGUCUCUGACGUCACGGAUAAAGGGUUCACGGCACGGGUCAUCAACACAAAUGCAGUAAACUUCUACUUCGGUAAGAUCACUGCCAAGUACGUGGCGUGUCAGAACCUUAACAGCGAGGUCUACUAGUAGACUUCCUGUCACCAUGACACUAGUUUUCAAGGCGAACCUGUCAGCCGAGAACUGUUCAUCCCUAGUUUACAACGGAUGUUUCAUGGCUCACAGACGCUGAAUAUAUUGUUCAGCAUUUUCCUUUUUUUUUCCCUUCAAUUGUCGUCUAAAUCAAGCAAUUUUGUUUACGUCUGUUUAUACACAAGCGUUAACUUGUGUAUUUUGUAAAUAUGCAUCCGCCGUGGCCCGUUUAACUAAAUGUAAUCAGCUCUCUUCCUUGUUACAAAGAAAGCAGAGUGUAUGGAUAACCUUGACUUGAUGCUGAUGAAGCUGUCUGUAACAUUUGUGAAGGAGAAGAACGCUAAAGAUGAUGGUGUGGAUAGUUAACUGUUUUAUAUUUGAACAGGAAAAAAAAUGAAAGCUAGCCCUGUAAGCUUAACUGAUUCAUUGUACGUUUUAAAGAUGAGUGUGUCAACAAAUAAAAUGUAAAGCAGAAA